AUGCUCCCUGCGGCCAGCGAGGAGGACCUGAGAUCUCUGCCACCUGCAGUGCGACGAAAGUUCUUCUCGAAUGUCGAGCGCUUGCGCAUUCGGCUAGCGCAGAGCGAUCCCAGUUCCCCUGCGUGCUCCACGCACUCCAAUCACCUCUAUCACGGCCGGACUUAUCGCCCUAGUGCGCGUCUUGGGUCUGGCCCCCUCCACCAUCACCAUCCUCACUCUUACUCUCACUCUCACUCUCAUUCUCACUCUCGUGCUUCGCGCAACGCCUCGACUACUUCCCUCACCAGAUCUCGUGGAUUGGAGAAACGCUCGGCUACCGCUCCCAGGAAACUGCGCAAGCCGGGAUCCUUGCAACUGGCCUACCUCGUGGCCCAGGCAGACUCGCAAUGCUUCCAUUCUCUCCCCGCUAAGAUCCAACAAAAGCUUUUUUCCCCCGAAGAGCGUUUGCGUCUUCGCCAGGCCUAUCGUGACAGCGUCAUUCUGGACGCUGCCGACGAGGCUUUUUACCGUCGACCGUACUCUCGCCGUCGUCUUUCCACCGACAGCCUUCCCUCGGAGACUACUCUUCCGGUAGCUCAGCCCAACACCGUCUUCUACGACUCGGACUCGGAGUACGAAUCCGACGAUAGCAUGGACCAAUCAAUCUACGACAGUUUCCGGUGGCUCGACGAAGAUGGUGAUCUGGACUUGUCUCUGGACGAAUACCAUGCCCACGUUGCAGACGCUGCUGCCAAAUCAAAACCUCGUCGUCGCCCAUCAUUCCGUCGCUCCUUGUCUUUUUCAACACACGCUCUGAGACAACAUCGACCCUCACCGUCGAUGCCUACUCGCAGUCUACCUGCAGCCCACACCUUCCAAGCGCUCUCCACUAUUGCACCCACCCAACGCCCCUCCUCUCGUCCCGGCUCUCGUCGCCGCCAACCCAUCCAACAUGCGCCCAAGUCUUCCACUUCCAGCAUCGACCCGGCCGCCCAAUAUUAUCAAGAUCCCGACGCCCGUCUCAAGCUGCGCGUCUACCUGGCCUCGCCGCAAAAAUUCGACGAGGCCAUUGAGUUCGGAUUUCCGUCCUUGGAACAGGACAAGGAAAACAUCGCCCCGGACUACAGCCCCGUUCCACCAAAGUCCCCUACGGUGACUAGUGAUUGGGCAGGGACUUUUUUCGAGGAUGAUGAUGGGACUGUCGUCGGGACUCCCGGCGGGUCAAUUGAAGAUCCAGCGGCUUCUCGUCACUCCCCCCAACUUAGGGAAACUCCAAGUCCUUCAUUGGACUCUCCCUCCCUAUUGCAGCGGCGUCAGUCUUUCCUGCCUGGUGCAAAGACGGGCCCCCAGCGGCUCCCAGGAAACCGGGAGAUGACCCUAAAAAUGACUCUCACUCGCCCGGAUCUGCGCACUGAAUCACCCACUCCUUCGCAAACCUCCCCGCAAGAGGAUCCGCUACGCCUCGCUGCACUGCCCCCGGCCGACCGCACCCAGAUGAUUUGGGACUCAGAUGAGGACGACAAGGGGGUGGUCAAAAAGAUGUGGCGCAGACUUCGUCGACGAGUUUAG